ACAGUGGGUCAUCUGAUUGCUGCAGUACUGAAAGAAAAUGUUUCUUCAGAAAAGAUCAGGCAGGCAUCUGACAAGACUCCCGCUCUGAACUUGCUUUGGGAUGAGUGCUGCAGUGAGAGUGUUGCGUUGUGGACAGCCUGCUCUGAGGGAUUGGUGGCACUUGUUGCAGAGAAACAUGCUGAGCUUGACUACAUUCUUCAUGGAGCACUCAACCGGAUUCCCUCAGCAAGGAAUGUUCAUGGCUUAGUAAAAACGAUUUGGAAAUUAUUACAAAUGCAAGCUGUUGAACUGGGAAGAGGUGGAAAUGAGGCUGUUUCGAAUCUGUAUGGAAUCAGGAACACUCCUCAUCCAUUAAUCACUGUCCUUGAAAACAGACCUGACUGCUGGCCUCUUCUGCUGCAGCAGAUAACAGUGUUUUUCCAUCAGUGUCCAGAAAGGUCACAGAGUUCGUGCGUUGGCAUGAUGGCUCCGUUCCUCCGCUACCUGUACUGCGAGCCCUCCCAGUCACGGGAGCACGCGGAACUGCGAGUGGGUUUGCUUAAGGUCUUACUGCAGUCUCGUGGUCCAAAGCACAAAGAAGCACCCUCUGUGCUGGAAUGCCAGAUUCUUCAGCUUCUCUAUGAUCUGAUUCCACACCUUCAGCUUAAAGACUUACUGCAAGUUACAGAAGCCUUGUUUUUUCUGCAAGAGCUGUUCCUCAGCCUACUGCGCUAUCCUGUGUUCUGGAGAGUCCAGUUGUCCCAGUUCUGUCUGCAACUAUUAUGCUUCUGUGAAGUGUGUUUAAGUGUGAUGGGAGAAUGCUCAUCUGUGUUGUCCUUAAUAGAGAACAACUUUGAAUUCUUAAAAGAGUUAUUUCCAGUGGAACAGUAUAUAAUUGGGCUAGCGCUUCUGCUGCUGCAAACACCAGAAAGUCAGCAAAAGCCUAUCUUGAGUCUAGCCUACAAGCUCCUUUCCUGUUCAGAAGCCCAGAACAUCCCAAGCACAGCCCUUACGUUGGUGAUGCCCGUGCUACAGAUCUUAUCUUCUACCACAGUUGGGGACUGCCUAUCAGAGGAUGAUUCUGGACCCAGCAGACAGCAGUUGGCUGUAAAUCUUUUGGGAAUAUUACAGCAGGAAGGUGUGAGGGAUAAAAAGGAAUUGGCAUCCUCCAAGCUUCUUUUCCCCAUAACCAACUCUUACAGCUCUUUGUAUACAACCUGGAAGAUCAUAGAGCUCAUGAAAGAGAAGUCUGCAGUUACUAAGUGGCUAUCUUCAGUGAAAUCACUGCUACUUGGCACAACUCAAGUGCCCACCCAUGUUUUUCUUCUGCUAGCUUAUCUACUGAUCCAAGAAAAUGGAGAUAGUCUUCGUGAUGUACUCGAAGCUACUACGGAAAUAGCCAAGGCAGAUUGUUCUCAGGUCCCAAAUCUGAUCCCAGUUCUGGUAUUUAAGUUGGGAAGACCUUUGGAGCCUGCGCUUUACAGGGAUAUAUUGUAUACAUUGCCUGCACUGGGUGUACACAAGGUUUGUGUGACUCAGAUUCUACAUGCCAUACACAUGCUGGGGAGCACGCCAAAGCUUAGAGCAAUUACUCUGCGGCUGAUGACGUCCUUAUGGGAAAGACAGGAUCGAAUUUAUCCAGAAUUGCAGAAGUUGUUGGCAGUAUCUGAUACGCCCUCUUUGUCUGUUGACAACGAUACUCAAUGGGAAAAGCUGAUUGCUAAAGCUGCUUGUAUAAGAGACAUAUGUAGGGAGAGGCCAUACCAGCAUGGAGCAGACAUGUUGGCUGCAAUUUCUCAGGUGUUAAAUGAAUGUACAAAACCUGAUCAAGCUUCACCCGCUGCCAUAGUGUUACAGGGUCUUCAGGCACUUUGUGAGGCUGAGGUUGUUUGCAUCCGUUCUACAUGGAAGGCUCUGUCACCAAAGCUGAGUUGUGAUACAAGACCCCUAAUUUUAAAAGCACUGAAUGAACUGUUUGCCCUGGUUCCCUCAUUAACAGUGAAUACAAAUGAAUAUGAGAAAUUCAAAGCUCAAGUCGUCAGCUUCCUUUGGAACAACACACAAAACAAGGAUGCUGUUGUAGCGAUUUCAGCCUAUAAAUCACUUGCAUCAUUUGGCUCUGAAGAAUAUAUGGUUCUUCAUCUUCCUGAACAGGCACGACCAAAAGUAGUUGAUUCACUGGAGGAGGCAGACAUGAAUGAAGAUGAAGAGGAGGAGGAGGCAGAUCUUUUAAUUCCAGGUUCUUCGUAUAUCAAGCUGUUGUCUCUGACACCAACCUCUGUUUUAGGAGCAUUUGAAGAGUUUGCAUCAUCACUUGUGAGACAGGAGAUGACCAACAUGCCCCGUGGCGUGUAUCAUUCUGCCUUGAGAGGGGGGAUCGCACGCUCAGACCAGGGGAAGACCAUGGCAGGUGUUCCAAACUUCUUGUUGAAAAUGUAUGAGAGGAACAAACAGCCAGGCAUGACACCGGGCCUUGCGGCUGGCAUGUUGCUGUGUUACGACCUUCCAAUCCAUGUGGGCAAAGAUGGCAAGCCUAUUAAUCGGUUUCUGGCCAGCCGGGGACGCAGUUUCCAGCAGAUGUUGGUGGCCCUCAUUCAUGAGGCUAACAUUCAACCUUCUGAAUGGCACCGCUCCAUAAUCCUGCCACAGUCCUGGCUGGCAUUUAUGAGUCGAACCUACAGUGCAGUCCUGCAGGGAAGGCAGGCAGAGCUGGAGUUGCAGUUAAAACACAGAAAAGAGGAUCCUGAAGAGGUGCAACACAAAUUGUUUACAGCCUGGCUCUGGGUCAGAGAUAUGUUGACUGAUGUCAUCAAAGGUGCUUCCAAAGACAGCCCAGUAGUGAAAGGAAACUCUAUUUUUGCCUUAACUGGUCUUGCAGUUGCUGUAGCCAAAUACGAAAGCAGCCUUUCCACAAACACUGAAGAGAUGCCUGAGACUGAACCUGAUUUUCUUCCCACAAAACACUGGAUUUCUAUGGUCACAGAGACCCUCUUUAGUAUUGUGAAUAGUCGCUAUCAACCAAAAGGUCAAGUCUUCCCAUGGUUCUACCAGAAAUCCUAUUUGGGUGAAAAUACUUCUAGUAUUAUAGCUCGUUCCUGUGCAGCCACUGCGUUGUCUCUCCUGGUGCCAGUUUUCAUUGUAUCAUGCAAGGAGAAGGUUGGGGAGGUCCUGAACAUGCUGACUGACAGGCUACCUGGUAAACCUAAUGCUGAUGAAUCUCAAGCUGUCCAAAUCCACGUGGGCCUUGGUUUGGGGAUGUUUAUCUCACGUUUGUAUGAGGAAAGAGUCAGUGAUGUGCCUGGUCAACAGAUGAACUUGGUUCUAAUGAAGUCCCUGGAUGCACUGGAAAACUGCUGCUUUGACACCACUCUGGAGUACAA